CAAUAAAAAAAUGGACAGUGACUUCCCCCUAAACUCACAACCUCCGUAACGCUAACAUCUACCGUUCCUCCCAAAAAACAAGCCCAGUCAAACAUCUCUCGAUCGGAAAAUUGGUCCACUCGCCCUCGCACGCGCUCUUUAGUCUCCUUGAUCCCAACAGAAUAACAAACCCAAAACCCCCAAAAGUACGACAAGUUCAAAAUCCCCAAAUAUCCACCAAACCCUAGAUAAAAGCUCAACAUCUCGGGGAAGACUGAAGUUUUCCACGAGAGAAUCUCUUGGUAAAGGGAGAAAUCUCCGCCGAAUAUGGCGUCGUCGACUUCAAAUUCGCGAAAUUCGGAUCUAUCCCGACGCUCUACUACUUCUUCCUCUUCAAAACCCCAAAUUUUCACCGAUCAAAAAACCAACGACGAUAACGAAAACAGAUUGAGCUCUACAAUGACGGUCGAUGGCAUCCUCCGAAACGUUUACUCGGCCGCUCCGUCGACGGAGACCACUCUGGUUGACGCUUCCAUAACUUUGAUUGACGCUCCGAUUCCGAAUUCGGUCUCUGAUAAUCCCGAAGUUCCUCAGGUUCAAACCGUCGCGGAUUGUAAUAACAAUGUGGCGAAAAGUGUAGACGAGGUUUGGAGGGAAAUUGUAUCCGGCGAGAGGAAAGAGAUCACGAUGAAGGAGGAGGUGCCCGACGAGAUGAUGACUUUGGAGGAUUUCUUGGCGAAGGCCGGUGCAGUGGAGGAAGCGGCGGCCGUUGCGUCGGCGGAGGUUAAGUUGCAUCCGGAUAGAUUGAGUGGUGGAGUCUACACGUUUGAUCCGGUGGGAGGGGGUGCGUUUCAAAUUCUGGAUAAGAUGGAGGGGUCAAUUGUUGGGCUGGGGAACGGGAUGGAAGUUAUUGGAAGUGGAGGGGGUGGAGGGAGAGGGAAGAGAGGAAGAGGGGUUUUGAUGGAGCCGUUGGACAAGGCUGCCCAGCAGCGCCAGAGAAGGAUGAUUAAGAACAGGGAAUCUGCUGCCCGGUCUCGGGAAAGGAAGCAGGCAUACCAAGUUGAAUUGGAAUCAUUAGCUGUGAGGCUAGAAGAGGAGAAUGAAUGGCUGUUGAAAGAAAAGGCUGAGAGAACUAAGGAACGAUUUAAGCAGCUUAUGGAGAAGGUGGUUCCAGUUGUGGAGCAGCGAAGACCACCGCGUAUGCUACGUAGAGUUCGAUCUUUGCAGUGGUAGAUAUUAUUUUCUUGAGAUUUGAGUGAGGCAGAAUGGAAAAUACCUAAUCUGACAUAGGGGAGGAAAGGAAUGGGGUAAUAGAAGGGGGCACCAUUAAAUUUAUCUUCUUUUGAAUAGCUAUUCUAAAGCUGAUAGUUGUCUAGAGCAGUUGUGGUUCAUCUUCGUCUAUAAACAAAACAUAAAGUGAUUGGAACCGAAGGAAAAAUUCCUUGUUAUUGAAUAGAAGAUUUUGUGGCAAAGGAUUGUAGGGGAGGAGGCAUUAAGUUGAUUUAUAUAGGUAAUGAUGGGUUGUUCCUCCUGCAGCUGCAUGUGCAAUAAGGAGCAAAGGAUUCUAGAAUAGUGUACUGUAUUUAUGUGGUGACAACUUAUGGCAGCCCUUUUGACAAGAAUUUAGAAAAGGUCAGUAAUGAUCUGUUUAUAUUAUUAGUUAGAGCUUUUGAUUUCUGAUGCCUUGAUGAAAAUUAUGUGCAUGAAUGAUGCAAAGUGUUUGAUAAAGGCUUUCUUCGGACAGCUCCUUUCGGAUGGUCUUUUUUAAUUUUAUAUUAGAGGUGACAGUCAAGUAGGUUUGGGUAUUUUUAAUGGAUUAUGGGUUCUGGUUCAUUUUGUCACACCUCUAAUUACGAGUCCUUAGAAACAAAUCAAUAAUCCCCCUUUUUUUUGUUCAAAAUACGGUAGAAUUCUCAUAAGAGAACAUGUACAAAUAUGAAAAUCACCCCAAUCGUGAGGUGUGGUACUAUUCCUCACCUCAUUCCUUAAUUAUAUGGUUGGGGGUUUGAUCUUUGCUCGUGGGAAUGUAACAUAUUAUGGGUAGUCGUUUAUCUUUUUGGAGAAUCCUUGAGGCAAGGGAUUAAUUAUUACUAUCGGAGGUGGAUAUCUUGAUUACAACAGAAAAAAAAAGCCGAAAAUAGCUCAAAUAAAAAUGAGUAAGCCAACCGGCUUAAAAUGGGUGAGAGCUCAGUUUUAACAAACCCUAAAGUAACAAGCAAGUAAAACCUAGCCACCAUGGAGGAGGUUUAUAAGGGAGGUUUGAAGAUGGAGGUUCAGGUGGAUUGGAUGUACUUACCAUUGGCAUGUAAUGCCUUUGGUAGGAAGUCAUGUCACAGUAACUCGUAAAAAAGCACCAAUGAGUAUGACCACCUUGGCUUGAAGAAGAAUCGGCGAUUGGAGGGAAGAGGUCGUGGCCAUCACAUCAGCCUUCACGUUUCAAACCAAGGAGGCCUAAGUGGUAAAGGUGCAGCCAAAACAUUGGGGAUGCGAGAGGAAGCCAAACGGAUCAAGCUCGAUGCUUUGGACAAAAGGGGAGGAGUCAUCACAAGCGGUUAGAGACAAGUAUCUUAAAUGGUCGACGAAAGAGAGGGAGCAAAGUCCAUAGACUGUGUCGGAAGAGAAGGGAGAAAAAAUCGAAAGCAAAAAAAAGAAGCCAGACAUUGAUGGCCAAUCGGCCGAUGGUCGAAAAGAAAAGGGGGGAGGCGCACUUAGAGAAAGGGUUUUUUUUUUUUGUUAUAUCUACUUAAAAAAAAAACAAUAAUAAACCUUAAUUUCCCUAUUGAAGUUGUCAUGGAAAAUAUAAUAUCAUUGGGAUCAGAAAAUCAGGAAGAUUUUCUUCUGUUUUUUUAUAAAGAAAAUCCAGAAGAUUUUCUUCAUGAGCAACUAAGAGUUUUUUUUUCCUCACAA